GGGCUCGCUUUACCUGUAGAGCGCUCAGGUCGAUCUGCUUGCCAGUCUUGUCGAAAUCUUUUCCUUCGAUCUAUUUGCGCACCGGGAGAACGCUCUGAUUGGUUGCAGGGGGAAAACCAGCUCUGUCAGCCCACCCACCGCUGAUUAUAGGGACUCUUGCAGACUCAGUUUCCUUCCUUGCAUUGAGUCUGAGACCUGGCCCGGGGUCUGAACUGCACACACAGAGCGCGCAUCAUGGCAGCUACCCACAGCGAGUACAGAGGCUACCUGCGGAACGACUUGGAAGCAGGGCAACACCGCUUCCACCCGGUGCAGCACUCGGAGCCCACUUACCGGCCGCUCCUAUUCGGGACCCUCGCUGUUAUGGGAUUGCUUCAGGUGGCUUCCAGCGUGGCGAUCUUAUUACACCUCACUGGUUACCUGCAAGAGGUAGAUUUGUCUACAGCCCCACAUCGGCCUAUAGAGGAAGUGCAGACAGAGCCGGUGCUGAACGCUCUGAGAGACACGAGGAAAAAAGGACGAUGCAAAACUCCAAAAGAGAGCCUGCCAUCCGCUCAUCUACCAAUCAGAGCGCAUCAAGAGUACUCAAAGAAGGGCGAGCCAAAAGCCAUCACCAUUGACUGGGAUGAGGAGCACGGAUACCGCCAGAGGAUGGGCUAUCAGAAGGGAAAACUGCUGGUGAUGGAGUCUGGUUUCUACUAUAUUUAUGCUAAGACCUGCUUCCGCUACUACAAGUACAUACCAGAGGACAGCAGUCAGACCGGGGUCCCACCAGUGGAUGUUAGCAACACCCAACUCAUCCAGUACGUCUACCACGAGAGCAUCAAACAGAACAGCAAAGCUGCAGUGUUGAUGAAGACGGGCAGCACCAUGCGAUGGAACAACACAAGCUAUAACAUGUACUGCGCCCAGCAGGGCCGAGGGGUCCGGCUGGAUGAGGGAGACACCUUGUUUGUCAAUGUGUCCAAUGCUUGGAUGUUGGACCCAGAGGGAGAAGGGACGUAUUUUGGGGCCAUAAAGUUGGGUAACUGAAAUUUUAAUAUGUGGGGAGCGGACAUGCUACUGAACAUUAAUGCCAAAGAACCACUGAUAGUGAUUUAUAAUGGUUAUUUGUCAAAAAAAGUUGUUGUUUUUUUUUUUUUUUUUUUCUACAUGUGUUGUUUUUUUUAUUAAUUGCUCCUCCCCAAAUAACCUUGGGGUUGUUUAUGAGAAAAACUUGUCUUGCCAAUCAGUCCAACAUAACCACACACAGCUGUCAACUUUAUCCAGAAUGGCACUGGAUUUCGUUUUUGGUAUUGUGGUUUAUAUUUGAAAUAUUGAAUACGGAUUACAACAUUCUGGACUUCAGCAUAGAAAUGUGUGUAUGCACUAAUUAAACAAACCACAAGUGAGCAACUGAGGAGGUGAGUCUGUGGAAAUGUCCACAAAGAGCAUUGCAGUUGAUAAAUCAUCUGCUUGUAGUUAACAGAUUAUCACAGGAUAAAAAUAACAAGGCUCCCAGGCCUUCCUCUGAACAACGACAGUGAAUGCAUAAAUGUUUUCUUGAAAGGGAAUGAGGCAUCCUCGCAGUAGGUAACUCAUCAGUAUCAUUCGCAAUAAGCCGUUAGAUUGUGAUUUAUUUCACCCUCAAAAUCUCUAAGGGAAACUGAAACUUAACACCAAAGUUUCAAUUUGACUCUGACAAUGUUUUUUCAAACAACAUAGCCAGUUAAAAAAAGAAGGUCAUGUGUGUGUUCCAAAAACUCAUUUGUUAUCCAGUUUUCUGUCUUGAGUGGCCUGCUUCAUUGAAGACAAUUACACAGCAAUGUCAUUUUAAACUAGGUGGGAAAUGACAUCGUUGGUUAUGUUUAUGACAAAUUAACAGCAAAGGAGAUAGCGGGACUGUCUGACCUUUUAUUAACACGAAAAGACUCUUGUCUUCUUUAACUAGAUGAGCCAGAUUGAGUUUGGUUCAUCUUUAACUUAAACUUUGUUUUUCAUUUGGCUCUCCAGGGAGGUAAAUGGGGAAUAUGCACUAAAUAUUUAUUUAUUAGCUAUAGAAAUACAGAGACAGGUCAUUGUUACAUUGACCUUUCGCCUGUAAAUAUCAAUUAUAUUGUAUGUCUUAUGUCUCAUGACAUUCAUUAUGCAGCACUUAGGAAAUAGUAGACACGCUUUUGUUAUUAAAACACAGGGGCUUCAUUUUAAAUUCCAUAUUUAUCAUGGUUUUGACAAUUCUGUGUGCACUUGCCUAGCUGAAAGCAAUAUGGAUACAAGAUUGUAGCAUCUGAUUCCAUUUGAUAAUUUUUUUCCCCCCAUUCAGUGUUCUUUUUAUUUAUGUUGUGUUUUAAUAAAAAAAACUACUUUUGUAACAGUGUUUCAUGUGUAUUGACAUUACGUGAUGCUGUUGCUUGCAGUGAGGAGCAUUAAACUUCACAGGAUUAGGUCGCAGCCACCUCGUACUGUAACCUGAUGAGCAGGCCACCCUGACUUUAAUAUUAUCGAGAGGUGCAAUUUGAUUACCUGUGCUGUCUUUGGAAAAUUCAACACCAUUAUGGCCAAAGAGUAAAGUCAUGCUGUUCCUUACCCCGCUGCAACCCUGGUCAGAGCAGCCCACCAGCUCAUUAUAGAGAUACUGUAGGUUGUAUAGAGAAACCGCCCAAUGUUGCUGCAGCGUUGCUAACUCACAGCAGACAUUUGGACCACAGCACAGAGCGACCUACAGAAUAAACAAGAAACAGACUGCAUCGAGUGGGAAUAACGACGAGAAUUUCAUUACUUCACUGUUAUGUGUGUAAGAAAUUUUGAUCAUUGUGGCGAUGGGUCUCCCAUGAAGCCCCACGGCGUGUGCAAGGGAAACUGUUUUAAUGUUAGACCCGUCGCCAAACAAUUCCUCUAUUGUCUGUACUUGGGCGUUCACCAGCAUAUGGCCAGAAAAUGGCUGGGGUUCACACGUUUUGUGCUGUACGCUGAGACCUCACACGGCUUUCAGCUCAUUGUUCAAAUGUUACUGAGAGUUUGAAAUAAAAUCUGGGGUUUGAGAAGAAAUACUUGGCUGAGGCGUCUAUGGAGCGGAUAUGUUUUCGAGUUUUGACAGGAUUCUGCGUGCCAGAUUUUCUGUAGUGUACAGCACUGAUGGAUGUGACUGCAAGAAUGUAACAUGUAAUUGGCUUUAAUAAAAUGUCUUCCAAAGAAUCAUCAAUUUUAAAGGGGAAUUGUUCACUUGUGACAAAACACUAGUGCCCA